AUGUCCGAUUGGGUGACAUCGUUCUGCAUUUCUCAUGACUCCAAGCUGAUCGCAUCUGCAUCUAUGGGAAGGAACGAGACUAUGAAAAUUUGGGAUGCUAGGACCGGAGAACAUCUACGGAGCCUGGAAGGUCCUGCUGACUCUGCAUUAUCACUUGACUUUUCCCACGACUCUACUCUGCUUGUCGCCGGCUCGUCUGAUAGAUCCGUCAAGGUCUGGGAUGUCAAAAAAGGAAUAUGUCUACAGAAAAUGAAAGGACAUAGUGAUAGAGUGACAUCAGUCUGUUUUGCCCACGAUUCCAAGCAGGUUGCAUCUGCUUCAAGGGACGGGACUGUCAGAAUUUGGGAUACUAUAACCGGACAAUGUCUACGGAGCCUGGGAGGCCCUGAUAAAAAGGACCAAGUAGCAUCGCUUGACUUUUCCCACGACUCUACUCUGCUUGUCUCCGGCUCAUCUGACGAAACCGUCAAGAUCUGGGAUACUAGGACCGGAAAAUGUCUACGGAAAAUGAGUGGGCAUACUGGUAAAGUGGAAUCAGUUUGUUUUGCCCACGAUUCCAAGCAGGUUGCAUCCGCUUCAGCGGACUACACUGUCAAAAUCUGGGAGCCGAAAACCGGAGCAUGUCUGAGGACAUUAGAGGGUCAUGCUUCUUCUGUUAGCUCGGUGGCCUUCUCUUAUGAUCCUCAAGUUAUAUGCUCCGCGUCAGCAGAUGGGACAAUCAAAAUAUGGGACAUUACUAGCGACGACGAUCACAAAUCUCGGGAUGAGAACCAGCAAGUGCCAUUGGUCAUUCUUUCUCCAGACUAUCGACUACUUGCCUUUGCCUUUGCCUUGGACCAGUUAGAUUGUAUCAAAAUCCAGGAUGCCAACAAUGGAAAAGAGCUAAGGGUACUCGAAACUAGUCAUUUCAUCAGUUCAAUGGCUUUCUCUUACGGUUCAAAGCUACUUUUCGGUUACUCGCCGUCAUGUGUCGCAACUGUCUGGGAUCUCAAUAGUGGUCAAUGCUUGCAGACAAUGAAUGAGCAUACUAGAAUUGAUGAAGUGGCUUGCGUUUGUUUUUCCGACGACUCUAGCUUGCUUGCAUCCGGCUUAUGCGAUGGUACUAUCCAGGUCUGGGAUACUGGCACCAGAAAGUGCCUGUACACACUGUGGGGUACAUCUCAAAUGAAGAAGAUCAGUGCAAUUGCCUUUUCUCAUGAUUCUGAGCUACUUGCUUAUUCUUCUCAUGAAUAUGUUCAAAUUGUGAAUCAUGGCCGCAGGCACUAUCUGCAACUAUUAAAAGGUCAUCGUUGGGUUGAGUCAGUUGCCUUUUCGCGUGACUCCAAGCUUCUUUUCGCUAAUUCAUUUGGUACGAUUGCGACCUGGGAUAUCAGCAACGGCAGCGGCAAAUUCCUACAAAGGUUUGACACCUUUAUGUGGAGCAUGAAAUGCAUAAGCUUUGAUACAACCAACUCAUGUCUUAUCACCGAGAAAGGUAUCAUCCGAUUAUCUUUGGUAUCGGAAAAAAGCCGUGAGCCUAGGCUGGAAGCACCACGAUUUCAAGGUUACGGCAUAAGUCCCGAUGGCACCCGUAUUACUUUCAAUUCCAAAGAUGUCCUAUGGCUACCACAUGAGUACCAGUGCGCGGAUUAUCAUUAUCCUUGUUCUGCUGUAUCCUUCUCAAGCGUUUUCAUUGGUCGUAAAUCGAGGGGGGGCAUUUGUGCUCAGAUUCAACUCCCAAAAUCCUCUGUAACCCCGGGGCUACAAAAGAACAAUGUCUUCAUCUUGCAAGAAUUAUACCAACGUUAG